UAAUAAAUGUGGGAAAGUGUUUGGUCGAAUCAUGGACUACCCUCAACAUGGAAGAGUUCACACUAGAGAAAAGUCCUGUGAGUGUACUGAUUGUGGGAAAGUCUUCAGUAAAAGCACUGAGCGCAUUAAACACAGCAGAGUUCACAUUAGAAAAAAGCGGUAUAAGUGCAGUGAUUGUGAGAAGUCCUUCCAUUACAAAUCUGACUUCACUAGACACCGCAGAGUUCACACUGGAGAAAAGCCAUAUGGGUGUAGCGAAUGUGGGAAGCAUUUCAGCCAAAGGACUGACCUGACUACACACCACAGAGUUCACACCGGAGAAAAGCCAUAUGCGUGCAGUGAGUGUGGGAAGCAUUUCAGUCAAAAGACUGACCUCACCAAACACCACAGAGUUCACACUGGAGAAAAGCCAUACGAGUGUAGUAAUUGUGGGAAAUCCUUUAGCAAAAGCUAUAGCCUCAGCCGACACAGGAGGGCUCACACUGCUAAAUGUAGUGAACACCUGAGAGUUCACACUGGAGAACAGUCGUAUGGGUGUCGCGAAUGUGGGAAGCACUUCAGUCGAAGGGCUGAGCUCAUUAUACACCACAGAGUUCACACUGGAGAGAAGCCAUAUGAGUGCGGUGAAUGUGGGAAGUCCUUUCGUCAAAGGCUGGACCUCACUGCACACCUCAGAGUUCACACUGGAGAGAAGCCAUAUGCGUGGACUGCAUGUGGGAAGGCUUUUAGCCAAAAAUGUAACCUUAUUACACAUCUGAGAGUUCACACUGGAGAGAAGCCAUAUGAGUGUAGUGAAUGUGGGAAGUCUUUUUCAAAAAAAUCUAACCUUAUAAUACAUCUGAGAGUUCACACAGGAGAGAAGCCAUAUGAGUGUAGUGAAUGUGGGAUGUUUUUCAGAGUAAGACCUGCACUCAUUAAACACCAGAGAAUUCACACUGGAGAGAAGCCAUAUGAGUGUACUGAAUGUGGGAUGUUUUUCAGAGUAAGACCUGCACUCAUUAAACACCAGAGAAUUCACACUGGAGAGAAGCCAUAUGAGUGUACUGAAUGUGGGAAGUCUUUCAUCAAAAAAUCUAACCUUAUUAAACAUCUGAGAGUUCACACAGGAGAGAAGCCAUAUGAGGUUAGACAUUGUGGGAAGUCCUUCAGUAAUAAUUCUGCCCUGUAACAACACAACAGAGUUCACACAGGAGAAAAGCCAUAUGAGUGCAGAGAAUGUGGGAAGUCUUUUAGCCAAAAAUCUAGUCUUAUUAAACAUCUGAGAGUUCACAGUGUAGAGAAGUGUUAA